AUGAUGCUCAACUCGGACCAGACGGAGAUCGACCUCCCGCCGACCCACUCCGAGCCCGAGUCCGUCUUCAGCGACUGCGGCCGUUCUGGGGGAGCUGAGGACACUGGAGGGGUGGGUUUGUGUUCCCAAUCCCGGGUGGGUGAACCAGGAGAAGCCCUGAAGAAAGAUCUGCAGCACCUGAGCCGGGAGGAGCGGCGGCGCCGGCGCCGCGCCACGGCCAAGUACCGGACAGCCCACGCCACGCGGGAACGCAUCCGUGUGGAAGCUUUCAACAUGGCCUUUGCUGAGCUCCGGAAGCUGCUGCCCACCCUGCCCCCCGACAAGAAGCUCUCCAAGAUCGAGAUCCUCCGCCUGGCCAUCUGCUACAUCUCCUACCUGAACCACGUGCUGGAUGUCUGAGCCGCCCCAGCUUCGUCCGUCCGUCUCGGCUGGUUGUCGCGUCUUCUUACCUGGACUGGGCAGCUGAGCCCAAAGUUUUGAGUCUGUCUGUCCGUCCGUGAGCUGAUCCAC